GACAGAUCCUGCCUUCCUAUCAUUACAAUUAAUGUGGAUACUCAUUCAUGUGUCCAAACUUUUCCUCAUAGUACAACCAUGUUCUGCAACAUGCAAUGAGGCAAAGAAGACAGGGUCCAUUGUUGUGAAACUCUUGAAUGUCGAACUCCAACUGCCCAUGAAGAGACAGCUUGAAGUCUUUGCAAUGCAGUUAAUUCACCGAAACGUGGAAUUUUCAGCUUUUGGAUUCUGCAACCUAGAUUUUCCUCUUAUAGCAUCAAUUGCUGGAGCUGUUACCACAUAUUUAGUAAUUCUAAUUCAGUUCCAGAACUCAGAUACAGGGAGUACACCAAACAAUCCAGCCAAUUAAACAUCUACAAAAUGUAAAUAAAUCUUGAAAUAAAUGCCACCUUUUUUGUACUAGCAAUUUAUGUGGCAUGUUAAUAGCACUUAUUUAUUUACUCAUG